AUGGCCUUGUUCGUGGAUUGCCCCCAAGAGAUCGUUGACUCUAUCCUACAAUGGCUUUCUCCAAAAGACAUCCGCGCACUAUGCCUCGUUGAUAAAUCCCGCUGCACGGCUGCUCAGCCUCGGUUGUAUUUUCGAAUUGAGUGGGAAUGGGCCGCCAAAGUACCUCCUGUUGAUCUCCUCCUCCGCACCCUACUCGAAAAGCCGGCCCUGGGCGAAUGUGUUCAAUCCGUUAUCUUGAAAGGCGUCGACAUACCAGGGCAAUACUGUUGCCCUGCUACACCAGCCAAACCGCAAUUUGACGAUGGCGGCGUGGACGACUUGGUGGCUUUUGUCAAGUCUAGGGAAUUACCACGGCGGUACACCAACCACUGGAUCAAGGGGUUGCGCUCCUCUAGAAGCACCCUCAAGAUGGAUGCAUACAUUGCGUGUUUGCUGGCCAUGCUGCCAAACCUUGGGUUUCUGAAGCUUGAACCCGGAUUUGCCGUUCGCAGCAAACUGUCGAGCAGGAUGUUCAGAGCUGCUCUUUCGGUCUUUCCCCGUCAACACAGACCCAAACUUCCCCAUUUCGAGCAGCUUCGGGAUGUUGCUCAUCUGCGUCGGAUCGCUUCAAUUCCAUUUGGCAGAUCCAAGGGCGCCGACUUGCUUACGCCGUUCUUAUACCUGCCGAAAGUGCACCAGGUCUCAGCUUGUAUCGAUAACACGCCGUAUUGGAGGUGGCCAGAGCGUAAGCCGGCCCUUGAGACGCUUACGACACUGAACCUUGCCUUCAUCCAUGCCAAACAUCUCGGCACGAUCCUCUCUGAGACGAAAAACCUUCAAGCCCUUCGGUGGGACUGGCGUGGUUGGCCAUAUACUCAAUCCACUGACGGUCACUGGAUCAGCCUGGACGAGAUAAUGGCUGCCCUCCAACACGUCCAGGAAACGCUCAUCGAACUAAAAGUCCUAGGCUCGUGCAACUAUCUAAGCUACCACCGCCGUACAGUGCGUUUAACAGGAAGCUUACAGGGCAUGGUAUCCUUUAAGAAAUUAAAGACGCUUGAAAUCCCAUUAGCAUUCCUGGCCGGCCUUGCCGCCCCUGAUCAGCCGACGCAGAUCGGUGAAAGCUUGCCUGUAACCGUCGAGCACGUUGCUCUCACCGACGACUUUUGCAAAACGAAUGAUUGGCAAGGUCAACAGCAGCUAGAGGUGUUUUCUUUGUGGAUGGACAAUUUGAAAAAUACGACGUCGCGGCUCCAAAGGUUCGUGUGGGUGACGCUGCUGAGGGACACGGUGGUGGAGUGGCACAGCAAGUCCGUGUUGACAACACGCCUAUUGGAUGCGUGUGGUAGGGCUGGAGUUGAAUUUGAAAUUGAUCCGCGCUAUGGAAAUUUUGAGAGAAAACACUACUUAGGCUGGGACUAG